AUGGCGACCGUACUUGUUAAGAGCACUGGCGACAAGAAAAUCGUCACCGAGUCGACCACUUCGUUCGAUAGUGACGACAUACCACCAUUAGGAGCUCCCCACGAGGAGAAGAGGUUCUGGUUCCAACGCGCAAAGGACUUUGAUCCCGAGGCAAUCGCUACACAGCCCAGCGUCUUCGAUGAUCCUCAGACGGCGGAGAAGUAUCAACCUCGAGAUGACUGGGAAAAUCUACACCGUUUCGACCCUAAAUUUCGGUGGACGUGGUCGGAAGAGUACGCGAUAAUCCGGAAGAUCGACUUUAGAAUCAUGAUCUGGGCUUGUAUCAUGUUCAUGGCGUUGGAAUUGGAUAGAGCGAACUUGACACAAGCCCUAACCGACGACUUCUUGGUCGAUCUUCAUUUGACCACAAAUGACUACAAUCUGGGAAAUACCGUAUUCAAGGUAGCAUUUCUGAUUGCUGAGCUACCGUCCCAGCUUGUCUCAAAGUGGAUGGGCCCGGAUAGAUGGAUCCCUUCGCAGAUGGUUCUCUGGAGCAUUGUGGCCGGCAGUCAAUUCUGGCUGUCGGGUCGAACUUCUUUUCUAGUGACGCGCGCUCUCCUGGCCAUCUUGCAGGGAGGCUUCAUCCCUGACGUCAUCCUCUAUUUGUCGUAUUUCUAUAAGCACCAUGAGCUUUCCAUCCGCCUCGGCUUUUUCUGGACCAUGAUGAGCGUCGCCGACAUCCUCUGCGGUCUCCUAGCUGCUGGCUUACUGGAGAUGAGAGGCGUGCUGGGCUAUGCUGGUUGGCGCUGGCUAUUCCUGCUCGAGGCUUUGAUAACUCUCACGGUCGGAUUAUUCUCGUUUGGUCUCAUGCCACCAGGUCCGUGCCAGACGGCCAAUUGGUUCCGAGGGAAGAAUGGGUGGUUUACACCCCGGGAGGAGACUGUCAUCGUCAACAGAGUCUUGCGCGAGGACCCGAGUAAGAGUGACAUGCACAACCGGCAGCCAAUCACGCCGAGGCUAUUAUGGAAGUGUCUGAAAGAUUUCGAUCUUUGGCCGUUGUACAUCCUCGGACUCACGUUCCAAAUUCCGUCCACUCCGGAGCAGCAAUACCUGACGCUUUCCCUCCGACAGAUGAAUUUUAAUACUCUCAUGUCUAACUUGCUCUCCAUCCCGUGGACGGCUCUCCACAUCAUCACGAUGCUCGCGCUUACAUAUACAGCUGAGAUAUUGAAGGAACUCACAUUCGUUGCUUUAAUCGGGCAGAUCUGGAUAUUACCUUUCCUGAUCUACCUGAACGUUGCCGACACGGCCACUGCCAGUAGGUGGGUCAUCUGGACCGUGACAACCCUCUUGCUAGCAUAUCCAAAUGCACAUCCUAUCCAGGUUGGAUGGAACUCGCGCAACUCCAACACGGUGCGUGCUCGGACAGUGUCGGCGGCGUGUUACAACAUGUUUUGUCAGGCUGGCGGCAUCAUAUCUUCCAACCUAUACCGCGCGGAUGAUGCGCCGCUUUAUCGGAGGGGUAACAGGCAGCUUCUGGCUAUUCUCAUCAUGAAUAUUGUCCUUUACUGCCUCACCAAAGUGUACUAUGUCCUUAGGAACAGGUACAGGGAUACAAAGUGGAAUGCAAUGACGGAUGAUGAGAAGUUCCACUAUAUGUCAACGACGACUGAUGAAGGGAACAAGCGCUUGGAUUUCCGAUUUCAACACUGA